AUGGCUGCUGCUGUGAGAUUUUCCCGUCGAAUAGACAUCCUCAUGCUUCUGUACUACUAUUCCAUAUGGUCUCUGCACCCGCCUCGUGCUACCUCGCAUUCUUUCAGCUUCAACUUCUCCCAGCCCGGUGGCUAUGACGCCCAAGAUUUCAGUUUCCAGGGCGAUGCAUACUACGACUCCCAGUCUCAGAGGAUCGAGCUGACAAAAGGCGACGGGAGUCCGAACAUCCAAAACAGCGUGGGCCGAGCAUUGCACGCGCAGCCGGUGAAGCUGUGGGAUGUCGACACCGGCGAGCUCACCCGGUUCACCACCUCCUUCACUUUCCGAAUCAAGGUAAAUGGUCCUGUCAGUGGUGAUGCCUUGGCUUUCUUCCUCGGGCAUUAUCCUCCGACAAGCAUUCCUGAUCCCCUCGACAACAGCAAGAACCUUGGACUCUUUAACCGAAACAUCAGCACGGUCGCGACCGGCAAUGAACGAGCGGUGGCGGUUGAGUUUGACACUUUCUUGAACCCCGGUAUCGGCACAAGCAGCAGCCACGUGGGCAUCGACGUCAACUCCAUCAUCUCGCGGACGUACACCAACAUCGGCGACGUCACCUACCAUGUGAAUACAAGUGUUGACCUGCCUCAGCUCUUGCCCAGUGUUGUGUCCAUCGGCUUCUCGGGUGCUACUGGCGUGGCGGUUGAGCUACACCAAAUAAUGUCCUGGUCAUUCAACUCUACCUUGGAUCCGUCGCCUACACGGAAGAUUUUGUGGAAACAAAUAGCAGAGGUAACUGGGCCAAUUAUUGGAGUUAUUGCAAUUGUGUGCUUCUUUGUUGGAGUCCGUCGAUGGCAGCUGUGCACAAGAAAGAAGCCAUACAAAGCCCUCGCCAAUGGCCGUAAACAUAUUGGGUAUCAUAAGCUGGCACGUGCGACCAAAAAUUUCGCAGAAGAAAACAAGCUUGGUCAAGGAGGUUCUGCCUUUGUUUAUCGGGGCCUUUUAAAAAGUAGCCAGGUAGCGAUAAAGAGAUUCAAGCUGGUUCCAUCAGGCGAGGGGAGGAAGGCGUUCGAGGAUGAACUCAUGAUCACUAGUCGCCUACGGCAUAAGAAUCUUGUCAAGUUGAUAGGCUGGUGCUACGAUGGCCAAAGGAACCUGUUUGAGUCCAUAUGCUGGUGGUGGGACGAAAGGUACACACGUUUCUUCCUUGUGUAUGAGCUUUUGCAAGAAGGUAGCCUUGAUCGACACCUACACGGGGGCAACAGUUUGUUACCGUGGUCCAAGAGGCAUGAGAUUAUCCUCAACCUAGGUUCUGCACUACAAUACCUCCAUGUAGAUUGCGAGCAAGAUCAACAGUGUAUCGUACAUGGUGAUAUCAAAUCGAGUAACAUAUUACUUGGCUCUUCGUCUGGUGCCAAGUUAGGUGACCUCGGAUUGGCAAGAUUUUUCACCACGAAACCGGGUCACAGACCACAAAUGUCGUACAGGGCACUAUUGGAUACAUAG